GUCGCGGGCAUAAUGGGUGCCACUGUCAAAGCAAAGUCAAUUGAUUACAGCUACUUCGGCGGCGCGGAGUCUUUGGACGAAGGCAGGUCGCCAAGAAGGACCACGGUCACCUCGCCCACCGCCGAAGAUGACGGGAAGUCGCAUCCUGGCCCGCCCCAGGACCCCUCGGAGUUUCUGUGGAUAAUGACUGAGGAGCCGCAUAGGACGCGGCGGAUGGCAAUCAUGAAGGCACAUCCCGAGGUCACGAAGCUUAUGGGAUACGAACCCCUCACGAAAUGGGUUGUCCUCGGCGUUGUCUCCCUGCAGCUAAUCACUGCCUGCCUGCUGAGCAAAACCCAUCCUCUGUCCCCUAUCUUCCUACUCUGCGCGUAUGCUAUUGGCGGCACUGCGAACCACAACCUGUUCUUGGCCAUUCACGAGAUUACCCACAACCUGGCGUUCAAGGGUAUCAAGGCGAACAAGGCCCUGGCUAUCUUUGCUAACUUGCCCAUCGGGAUUCCGUACUCCGCCGCCUUCAAGGGGUACCACAUUGAACAUCACAAGUUCAUGGGGGAGGACGGCAUAGACACUGACUUGCCUACGCACUUUGAGCUGCUAUGCCUCAACAACGUUCUUGGCAAGGUGUUCUUCGCCACCUUCCAGAUCCUGUUCUACGCGCUCCGACCGGGUUUCGUACGGUCACAGACUCUGACGAAAUGGCACCUGGCCAACUUGGCCACCGAGCUCGUAUUCGACUACGUCCUAGUCAGGACGUUCGGUAUCAAACCCCUGAUCUACCUCUUGAUGUCAAGCUUCUUCGCAGGAAGCUUGCAUCCACUGGCGGGUCACUUCAUUGCGGAGCAUUACGUCUGGGACGGGCUUCACCAGGAAACCUAUUCCUACUACGGCCCCUUGAACAUCCUCGCGUAUAACGUCGGAUACCAUAACGAGCAUCACGACUUCCCCUCCGUCGCGUGGACGCGCCUUCCGGCCCUUCGUGCGCUCGCGCCAGAGUUCUACGACACACUCCCGUCUCAUCCUUCAUGGCCCAUGGUGAUCGUGAACUUCAUUCGCGACCCAGAGGUCGGCAUCUUCGCACGCAUCAAGCGAAAACCGAAAAGCCACGGGCAGGGUGCUGAGCAGAAGGAUUAGGGCCUGCGGUAGAGAUUCCUGUGUAGAUUUAGAUAUUCAUCCUGACUGUCCUCUCGUCUGGUCUCGACUCCCGAGGCACCAAGACA